UAGUAAGAAUCUUCAAGCAGUCACAUAGUACAAUUUCUUUAAUGUAAGUUAUCAAAUUAAUGAAAUCUUUUAUUCUCAAUUCAAGGACAUUUUAUUUAUGCAAGGCUAACAGUUUUUUUUCAGGCUGACUGUGAUUUCCAGGGUCUGCUCCAGAGUGAAAUGUCUUUUUUUUUUUCUUUACAAGCACAAAGGUUUCCAUCCACAGGAAUGUCUGAAGUUACCAAUGUAACAUUAGCUCACCUACAGUACAAGCGAGGGUUUAUUUCUGACGCUCUGCUUUGAAGAUUAACACAUUACAUUUGUUUUCCAUCGUCAAAUAGCCUGAGAAAAGUUAUGUCCUCGGGUUUAGAUUUAACAGCCAGUGCCACAUGAUGCCGUCUCAUGUGUGAGGGGUGAGGGGAGGGGUUUGUGUGUGUGUAUGUGUGUGUGUGUGUGCAGCGGGGCUCUGUUUUGGGGUGGAGAGGGGAAAAGGAAUCUGUGUGUUUGUGAGAAGUUCUUCCUGACGUACUUUAACCACAGAACACAGCGCAGUGAUGAAUGUCUCGCUGGGAGAGAAAGGAAGAGGAAACUGCCGGCGCUUCUGGCAUUCUCCGAGAUAUUUGUAGAAAGCAUGUCAAUGUGUUACCUGCAUCUCAGAUGCACACGUUUCUCCCUUAAUAUCUUAUUCGACUCUCAGGAGUAAAACGCAACCUGAAGGAGACACUCGGAGUGAGGGAGUUUUGAGGGUCAGUGGUUUUGCGCGGCGCAGGACCGUCGGCACAAUGGGUUCAGUUAUGUAUGAGAUUAUGCAGCAGGAGAUCAGGCCGUUGCUGGCUGUCGACAUCAUUGAACAACUUCACAGGCAGUUUGCUCUUCUUUCAGGAGGAAGAGGACAAGAGGGUUCUCCCAUCAUCACCUUCCCAGAGUUCUCAGGUUUUAAUGAGGUUUCAGAUGAGGAUUUUAUUAAUGUUGUCACUUACCUGACCAGCAUACCUAGCAUGGAUGCUGCUAGUAUCGGCUUCAUCAUCAUCUUGGACCGAAGGAAGGAUAAAUGGAACUCAGCAAUCGCUUCUCUGGCACGCAUAGCGGGCUCCUUUCCAGGAAACCUACAGCUAGUUCUAGUUCUGAAACCUUCGCGCUUCCUCCAGAGGGCCAUCGCUGACGUCAGUAUGAGGUUACACAGAGAUGACUUCAAAUUGAAGGUACCGAUUGUUAUGCUAAAUUCCCUGUCUGACUUGCAUGGCUACAUUGAUAAAGGCCAGUUGACCUGUGACCUUGGGGGAACCCUGGAUUAUUGCCACAGUCAAUGGAUUCAUCAUCGCACAGCCAUUGAGAACUUUGCGCUGACAGUGAAGAGCACAGCACAGAUGCUGCAGCAGUUCGGAACAGACCUGGCAGAGACUGAACUUCCCAAUGACGUGCAGUGCACCAAAGAUUUGCUCAUCACACACACUGAAAAACACGAUAAGCUCAAGGAUGAACUAAAAUUGGCUGUAAAACAAGGGAAUACUCUGCUGUCCUGUAUUAAAGACCAGGCCACCAAAGCCGAGAGCCACAUUUUGAACCCAGACGAGGUUGAGAACCAAACAACCGUUGAGAGGUUGUUAGCGCAGCUUGAUGAGACGGAGAAUGCAUUUGAACAAUUCUGGUCAAGACAUCACCUCAAGUUAGAGCAGUGCCUACAGUUACGACACUUUGAGCAGGACUUCAAAGAGGUGAAAGUGUCACUGGACGGCCUCUCUGAAGCUUUGCUGGGACUGUCAGAUACCGGGGACUGCGUGGCUCGUGUGGAACAGCUAUUAGGAGAACUGAAAACCUUGGAGGAUAAAGCUCAGGAGUGUUUGGAGAAAGCUCAGCUUCAAGCUCAGCAUGGGGAUCAGCUCAUUCAGAGUAAUCACUACGCCAUCGACUCCAUCCGCCCCAAGUGUGUGGAACUGCGUCGGAUCUGUGACGACUUCAGCAACGAGGCCAAAAAGAAGCGUGACGUUCUGACCAAAUCACUUGAAAUCCUCAAACGAAUUGACGAGGUGAACCAGUGGUGUGAAAGCGGAGUGUAUCUGCUGGCCUCUCAGGCUGUAGACAGAUGUCAAACACAGGAAGGUGCAGAAGCAGCACUGCAGGACAUCGAGAGGUACAUGAAAACAGCCAAAGAGCAGCAGCUCAGUCACCUCAAAGAACUCAACAACCAGUAUGAGGUCGUCCUCUCAGAGCUGCUCAAGAGCAAAGUUCAAACUGCCUUGAAAACGCUGAACGAUGUCCAAGAGAUGUUUGAGAAAAGACAUGCAAGUCUGAAAAAGCUUUCCACGAAGCAAACAAGGCCUGUGCAACCUGUUGCACCCCGACCAGAAUCUUCACCAAAACGCCCCUCACCUAAAAUCCCACAUCCCACUCCUCCAACAUCACACCGCAAAACUACAGAUAACUCCAGCACCAAUAGACAGCCCAGUGAUGCAGAACUGGCAAAAAGAAAAAACAUUCGCAAAGCCAAAGGUGGCAUUAAGAUUGAGGUCAUGCAUGAAGGAGGUCAAGGAGGUUCAAGUCAUAUUUUAAUGAACAAUGAAACUGAAGAGUCGCUUUCAAACAGACGCAGUCACAUUAUGAAUGAACUAAUUGAGACGGAAAGGCUGUAUGUGGAAGAGCUGCAGAGCAUCAUAGAGGGCUAUGCCGCGGCACUCGAUGACCCAGAACUCAUCUAUCUGAUCCCACCAUCCCUGGAAAACAAGAAGGAAGUUCUCUUUGGAAAUCUGCCAGAAAUUUACCAAUUCCACCAGAAGAUAUUUCUCAAAGAGCUGGAAAAUUCUGCCGAAAAGCCGGAGUUGGUGGGAACAUGUUUUUUGAAGCGGAAAGAAGAGUUGCAGAUUUAUGAGAAAUAUUGUCAGAAUAAGCCACGCUCUGAAGCUUUGUGGCGGCAAUGCGGGGACAGUAUGUUCUUUCAGGAGUGUCAGAAAAGGUUGGACCACAAGCUUUCAUUAGACGCGUAUCUGCUAAAGCCUGUGCAGAGAAUCACCAAAUACCAGCUUAUGUUAAAGGAGAUGCUGAAAUGCAGUAAGAACCCAGAAGGCACCGCUGAGCUGGAGGAAGCUCAGGCCACAGUGCUGGACAUCAUCAAAUCGGUCAACGACUCCAUGCAUCAGAUCGCCAUCACUGGUUUUGAGGGCAGUUUGAAUGAUCUGGGGAAACUGCUUAUGCAGGGGUCGUUUAACGUCUGGACAGACCAUAAGAAAGGCCAUAGUAAGGUGAAGGACUUGGCACGCUUCAAACCCAUGCAGAGACAUCUCUUCCUCUACCACAAAAUGAUAUUGUUCUGCAAGAAACGUGAGGAGAUGACUGAUGGCCAUGAAAAAUCCCCUUCCUACAGUUUCAAGCACUCAUUAAAGAUGGGCUCAGUGGGAAUCACAGAAAAUGUAAAGGGAGACAUCAAGAAGUUUGAAAUCUGGUACAAUGGCAGAGAAGAAGUUUACAUCAUUCAGGCCCCGUCCAUGGACGUGAAGAACACGUGGGUAUCAGAAAUCCGCAAAGUCUUAACAAGCCAGCUGGAAGCCUGCCGAGAAGCCAGUCAGCUCCAUCAGAAGAUUACAGAGAACAUCUACCAUGCCCCCAUGAGAAAUAUGCGUAAAACGGCCCUCAGACAGUCCGACUCUUCCAGUCCUGAAACAGGCUACAGACGCAGUGACUCGGGUCCAAAUAUGCGUCAGAAACGAGCUGACACUUCAUCCAGCCUCGGCUCAGAGCGAGCGGCUCUUCCUAGAAAGCGUUUCACCUUACAGGGCCUGUCAAACCGCAGAUCUCUGCCCGCAGAACCCGCACCUAAGGAGACAGAAGUCACUCGCCGCUUUUCUUUAGCCUCAACUGUCGGCUCUGCCACUGCUCCACGCACUAAAGCUCCUCUCUCCUCUAGCCUUAAGAGUAAGAGGCAUCAGAUCAAGAGCGACCCUACACCAUUUGGCUAUGAAGGUGCUACCAAGACACGCGGUUUUAAAAAAGAAACCAUGCGAGAUUCCCUUCCAGCCGAGAGAAAAAGUAAAGGUAGCGGCGGUUCGAAGCCCGCUGUGCCGAGGUCUGCGUCUCAGCCAGGAUGGAGUCAACGGCGUCUGCCUUCAAUGGACGCUGAGGAUUUCGAGACCAUUCCGUCUAGUGCUGAAGAGCUGUCUAUUUCCUCUGAUGGAGAGGAUGAAGGACACAACAAAAACGGGGAUAAUGACCGCUAUCAGGUGCAGUUGACUUACGAGUCUUGCACUGCUCAGGAUCUUUCUGUAGAAGCUGGAGAUUUUGUACAAUUCCUGGAAGAGUCAGAGAACGGCCUCUGGCUAGUCAAGAACCUUAGAACUCAGAAGACAGGACUGGUGCCGCCCACUGUCCUGCAGUCCACAGCAGAGGAACUAGACCUUUACAGUAACUCCGAUAUUUUCAGUGACCUCUGCACCGCCGCACUCACCGAUACGGAGGACGAUAUCGGUGGGACAAAUCCUGCUCAGGACGGCAGAUUUACAUGCUAAACAUCCCAUGAUGUGUCUUCGAUUUCCACAGCACCAUCCUUAUCCACAAUUUUCUCUACAAUGCAAUGAGGUGGCAUUAUUUUCCUCUGUUCCUCAUCCUGUAUUAUAAAAGCAUCUUAUUAGAAUGAACAAAUUACUUUAUGCAGACCACAAAUAACCACACAAACUCAAAACAAGCCUUUCUGCCUCAAUAGAACGUGUGUUGUUAUUACUGUAUUGUAGGAAAUACAAAGAGAAAUUAAUCUGGAGGAUUAAAUCUCCACACAUAUGAUCGUGACACUAAUGUCAUUAAAAUAGUGAGUGCAAUGUUAUUUUGAUGAAAAUAAAGCACAAAGCCAAACAUA